AAGACCAUCUGAGUUCACUGGUCCAUGAUCUAUCUGAUUCUCAACCCCCUUGGCUUGCUUUCAAUAUAUAAACACCUCUGCCCAUUCAUUGCCUCUUCCCACAACCCCCCUCUUCCUCUUCUCUUUCACUCAACAUCUACGCCCCAGGAUCAUCUUAGCAACCACCACAAGACAAUUCACCAGUUUCUUCUUCAAACUCUGUAGACAAUGAAGUCAGCUUUAUACUACGCGGGGUGUGAAGAGCACCACCACCAAUCCCAUUUUCUUGAAGCUUGUUUUCUUUGCCAUAAGCCACUAGGCCACAACAGUGACAUUUUCAUGUACAGAGGGAACACUCCAUUUUGUAGCCAAGAGUGCAGGCAAGAACAGAUGGAGAUAGAUGAGGCCGCAGAGAAGAAGAAUUGGAAGCUCUCAAAGAGAAGAACAUCAACAUCAUCAUCGUCAUCAUCUCACAGACAAACUACAGACACUGCGAAUCAAUCUAGCCCUAGCAAACCUGUACGGACAGGCACAGUUGUGGUGGCUUGAUUUGAAGAUGAUGAUGAUCACAAGAUAAACAAAAAUCAAUCUCACACAAAUUUCCCCACAAUUAAACCUCUUUAACUGAAGAAAAUUGAUGAGGGAAUUCAGUUUGAUGAUCUUGUAAAGGAAUGGUGGGCGUGAAUGAGUGGGACCCAUCAGACAAUUUUGAUUGUUUUUGGUGUUUCUGAUUUUUGUUUUUGGUGAAUGUUUUUGUUUAUAAGAUGAGUGUCCUUUCAUGGGAUGUAAUGUAUUCAUCUCUGUAAUCAAAGUUAAUUUCCCUUAUUGUUUUGUAAUAUUUAUGAAGCAAUUAGGCAUCCAAAUAAUUUUCAUUA